AAUUAUAAUGCACGCAUUAAAAUAGUUGCAUAAGUAAUUGAAAUAAUGAUAUUGCAGGUGUUACAGUGAGUGGAAAGUCGGCUUGAAUAAUUAAAUGAAUAAUGAGUGUCGUGUUUGAUAUAUUGACAGUUGUUUUUUUCAAAAUGGAUGUCGGGAGAUGUGCUAUGGCGUUGAGAAUAUUGCUCCUUGCUUUCUUCACACGGCAUGUGAGCACUCAAGAUUAUUUUCGAAUGGGAGUGAACACAAACUCAGCAGAAGCUAUGCAGUUCCUUCGGGAGUAUGAUAGAGAAGCAUCUGGAAUGUGCUACAGGGUCACAAUAUCCCAGUGGCGCUUCGUGACCAACAUCACGGAAUACAACCGCCGUCGAAUGCUGGAGGAACUGACCCUCAGCUCCAAGUUCGAGAGGCUCUCCUGGAGGAAGGCAGCGGCUUAUGACGCCUCCAGGCUCCCUGACUCUCAGAGCAGGAGGCAGCUGACCAGAUUGGUGCAGGCCAGCCGAGCGGCGCUGCCUGAUGAUAAAUUUUCUGAGAUCCAACAGCUAAUAACAGAAAUGAAAGAGAUCUACAACUCAGCGAAAAUAUGUCCAUACGGCCAGAAGCCCUAUGACCCUCACGUGUCCAGGGUCACCUACAACCAAGAUUUCUCUACAAACCAGUACCCUGCGAACCAGCCCUUCCAGCCCUAUCAACACUACCAGGGUACAGAUGGCCAGGAGUACGCCAACUACUGUGAUAUGCAGCUGGAUCCUGAGAUAUCAAGGAUCCUAGCACAUUCUAGGAUAGAGAGCGAACUGCUGUAUGUGUGGAAGAGUUUUAGAGACCAGGCUGGGCCGAAACUGAAGAAUCGAUUCAUGAGAUACGUUCAGCUGGCUAACCAGGCUGCUGUGGAAACUGGUUUCAGGGACGCCGGCGACCAAAUGCGAGCAGCAUACGAAGACACAUCAUUCAGGGCGAGCACAGAAGAGAUGUACAACCAGGUGGCGCCUCUGUACAAGCAGCUGUUUACGUAUGUGCGCAGGCGCCUGGUGCAACGGUAUGGGGAAACCACAGUGCGGAGUGAUGGGCCAAUACCCGCUCAUUUGUUAGGGAACAUGUGGGCUCAAAACUGGAAGUCCAUCAUGGAUCUGGUGAUGCCGUUCCCGCAAUCGCCCAACGUUGACGUCACUGCUGAGAUGCUGCGCCAAGGAUUCACGCCUCUAAGGAUGUUCCAAAUGGCGGAGGACUUCUACACCUCUCUCGGCCUCAAGCCUGCUCCGCCCGAGUUUUGGCGUUCGUCGAUGCUGGCGCGUCCGCCGCAGCGCAGCGUGCAAUGCACGGCUAGCGCGUGGGACUUCUGUAAUAGGAUCGAUUACAGAAUAAAGCAGUGCACAGAGGUGACGAUGCAAGAUUUAAUCUCCACCCACCACGAGAUGGCGCACAUCCAGUACUACUUACAGUACGCGGAGCAACCGCAGCUGUUUAGGGACGGAGCGAACCCGGCGUUCCACGAAGCAGUCGCCAAUGCAGCUUCUCUCUCCGUUUACAACUUGCCUCAUUUGCAAAGAGUGGGACUUUACCAAAACAAGACCCAUGACCCGUACGAAGUGAGCAUGAACUUCCUCAUGACGAUGGCUUUGGAGAAGGUGGCUUAUCUACCAUUCGCUUUUAUGGUGGACCAGUGGCGCUGGUCAGUAUUCGAAGAUGGAGUUCACAACAUGAACAGCCGGUGGUGGCAGAUGAAACUGCGAUACCAGGGUGUGAUACCACCAAUGCCGAGAACUGAGAAUGACUUUGACCCCGGCUCCAAAUACCACGUCGUUUCUGAUCAGGAGUACAUAAAAUACUUCCUGGCCACGAUCCUGGAGUUCCAGAUAUUCGAGCAGCUGUGCAUAGCAUCAGGGCAUACGGGGCACCUGCACGAGUGUGACUUCUACAGAAGCCGCGAGGCUGGACGAGUCUUGAGUGAGAUUAUGCAGCCAGGGUCCUCAAAACCAGCAUCAGAAAUCAUCAGGACUAUGACCAAGGGAAAGACUAACCGGAUCUCUCCUGAAUCGCUUGUGAAAUACUUCAGGCCUCUAGAACUGUGGCUCCGCGUCCAGAACCGUGAUGAACCCCUCAUAGGAUGGAGUUCCAACUACCACGACGUGGCCCUUUUCGCAGCCCAGCGGGGGUCCAGCGGGACCCCACUUGUGUCGGUUGUUACUGUGUUUGUUUGUUUUGUGGCCUGUUUGUUGUAUUAAUAAAGCUUGUUUUUAA